AAAAAUAAUUGAAAUAUGAUGCACGAUGGUGCUCUUCCCCUGUUACCUUUAAAUUUAUAUUAAGGGAUUUUAUUCUCUUUCACUAUUAAAGAGGUGUUUCAUUCGUGACGAGCAAAGAUAGUUGUGGGGUAUUUGAACCUUAUGUACAGAACUGACAAACUACUACGAUGAAGGGGACGAGCAAGGAGCAAACUGAAAUACCGGUUUUUCUCAUGAUCGAAUCUGAUCUUGUCCAUACCGUCGAAUAUUGUGUCAAGAAACAGAAGAAAAUCAAAGCCAUAAGCGCAGGCCCAUCUGUCUUAAAAAGCAAGUAGGAGAAAAUUUAAAUCUCGAUUGCCCAACGCUUCGGCAGGUUAGGCUAUUUGUAGCUAGUCCUUUCUUCCCAAUUGGACUUUUGGUGAAAUUUCCUAACUAUUGGCUUUUCAAAGAGAGGAGAAAAGAAAAAAACUGCCGUUAACCUCUAUAUGAUUACGUUACAAGUAAUAUUUGGUGGGGGUUCUAAAACAAGCGAAUAAAAAAUAGAAUAUUAUCCCUUGUUUUGUUUGAGAUAAAAUUCGCUACAGGAACAAAAAGUAUAUGCACUUGAAGUAUGCAAAGAAUUGUUAAGGUCUAGAUGGCUACAGACGCCUCAUCUCGCAAAGUGGUAAUACUUCUCAAGGCUACAGGGGAUGCCCCAAUUCUCAAGCAAUCAAAGUUUAAGAUUGGAGCAAAUGAAAAGUUUGCCAAGGUUAUCGACUUCUUAAGAAGGCAACUACACAGGGACACUCUGUUUUUGUAUAUCAACAGUGCCUUCUCUCCCAAUCCUGAUGAUACUGUAAUUGAUUUAUAUGAUAACUUUGCUAGCGAUGGAAAACUGGUGGUGAAUUAUGCUUGCUCGAUGGCAUGGGGUUGAUGUUUUAUGUAAAGAUGGUCUUGAGAAUUCUAUAUUUGAUGGCUUGAUCAUUCAUUCAUUACGUCUAUUUUGUUGAUAUGUAUAUAAUAAAAAAAUUCAAAAGAUCAAUUAUUACUCAAGUUUUCUUAACUGAAGAAACUUGUUAUGAUAUAAUCCCAUUUAAUUUUCUUGUAAGGUUCUUUUAUUUGUUUA